AUGACGAUUGUGAUUCUCUCUCGUGGAAAGUGUGGCAUCACCAAAGGUAUAUCCACCUACCUCAUUUCCAUGGCAACAGCAGAUCUUCUCGUCAUUGUAUUCAGUGUAAUACUCACAACACUUGGUUUCAAAUAUUUCCCAGUUUCCUUCCUGUUUUACACAACGGUGUGCAGUUUUAACAUCAUCAUGGGCUAUGCUGCUAUUGACUGCUCUGUCUGGUUGACCAUCGCUUUCACCAUUGAUCGCUUUGUGGCCAUUUGUUGCCACAAUCUGAAAGCCAGGUAUUGCUCUGCCAGAACAGCAGCCUCAGUGGUAACCAUUGUCUGGUCAGUGAGCAUUUUGAGAAACAUUCCAUUUUACUACAAAUACCAAUCUUUGGGCACAUGGGGUGGUGUGCCCUGGGGCUGUGGCAUCAGACCGGAGUUCUUCAUCUUGCCAGGAUGGCUGGUGUUUUUCUGGAUCCACCAUCUGCUGAACCCAUUAAUCCCCUACCUCCUGAUCCUGCUGUUCAAUGCUCUGACUGUCAGGCACAUUGUCUUGGCAAAUCGGGCACGCAAGGGUCUCCGCGCUCCCAGUAACAGGGACCAGAGAGGAGAUGCAGAGAUGGUCAACAGGCGGAAAUCCAUCAUCCUGCUGUUUGUUGUCUCAGGCAGUUUUAUAUUAUUGUGGAUGACCAAGGUCAGUGUUUUCUUACUGAUGGAGAUUACUAACGCCCAUUUGUUUCGAAGUUAUGACCAUCCUGUUAUGAUUGCUGACAUAUCUGGGACUAUGCUCUUCUACCUGAGCUCCUGUACAAACACUGCCCUUUAUGCCCUGACCCAGAGUAAAUUCAGAGAGGAGCUGCAGAGGGCUCUGAAAUAUCCCUUCACUCUCACCAGUGAAUGUAUCCCUACAUCAAAAUAA